AUGUCUCUCUCACCCGAGGACGAAGAUGCUCUUCCCGACCUUUCUUUCACCACCUUCAAUGCGACGGGCCGCACGACCGUCGUCUUGAUUCACGGAGCGCUGGUCUCCGGCCUCUACUGGGACCUGGUCUGCCCCUAUCUCCCCAGCUCGUACCAUCUCCUCGUCCCAGAUCUCCCCGGCCAUGGCAGCUCCCGCGCGAUUACCCCGUUUACGGUAAAUCUUUCGUCGCGUUUAAUCGCGAACCUGAUCCGCGCCCAUGCCGUCAAUGGAGUCGCCCAUGUCAUCGGCCAUAGCCUCGGAGCCCAGAUCGCCAUCCGUCUAGCCGCCACGGAACCCUCCCUGGUCAGCUCCAUCUUUAUCUCGGGCUUUGGGAUGUUUCCGCGCACAGCACUCACUCCGUAUAUUCCGUACGCAGCAUGGACCAUGCCCCGACUGGAGAAUUGUCUCCCCCGUUCCUGGGUCCGCUGGGCCAUGGACGGGGCGGACCUGCCUCGCAUCGACCCCGAAACUUGCACCCUCGACUUGUGCCGGCAAAUUGUCUCCCCCGAGAGUCCAACGCAGUGGCCGGCGCCAUGGCCCGCGCGCACGCUCAUCGUAGCCGCUGGGAAAGGCGGGCUCAUUCCCUCGAAUGAUCAAUCGCAUACGGCCGUCCGGUUGAUGCAGAUUGGGAGAGAGCUGAACCCGGAGACUAUUGCCUAUACGCAUCCCCAAAUGCGGCAUCCGUGGAAUCGGCAGGCACCGCAGCUUUUUGCGGAAACAGCCGAGGCUUGGAUUGAGGGUAGAGAGUUACCAGAGGGGUUUAUCAAGCUUUAG